ACGCUGAGUACUGAGUUAUCUGAGCUCGAUUAGCUGUGCCUUCACAAUCAGGGUCACUUGCAAGCUUUGAAAAAUAGAUGGAACCUAAACGUCGAUUCUGUUAUUAGUUUCAUUUAAACGUAAUAUUAUGGACCGCCUAGCAUCUUUUGCAAAUGACCCCUCCGAUAAACCGCCGUGCAGAGGUUGUUCAUCGUUUCUGACUGAGCCUUACAUCAAAUGUGCAGAAUGUGGACCGUCACCUUUCCUGCUGUGCCUCCAGUGCUUCACCAGAGGAUUUGAGUACAAGAAGCACCAGAGUGAUCACAAAUAUGAAAUCAUGACGUCAGAUUUCCCCGUGCUGGAGCCUGGGUGGACGGCCCAGGAAGAGAUGGCCCUGCUUGAAGCCGUCAUGGACUGUGGCUUUGGAAAUUGGCAAGAUGUUGCGUAUCAGAUGCGCACUAAAACCAAAGAGGAGUGUGAGAGCCACUACAUGAAGAAUUUCAUCAAUAACCCACUCUUCUCCUCCACCCUGCUCAGCCUGCGGAAAGCAAAAGACUCUCGUGUUGCAGAGGGCGCUAUUCCUUUUAAACCGUGCGACGAUCCCCCUCGGCCCACAUUUGACUCGGUGCUGUCUCGCGACAUGGCUGGAUACAUGCCUGCCAGAGCCGAUUUCAUGGAGGAGUUUGACAACUAUGCAGAAUGGGAUCUGAAAGAUAUUGACUUUGUGGAUGAUGAUUCAGACGUCCUUCGUGCAUUGAAGCUUGCAGUUGUUGAUAUUUAUCAUUCAAGAUUAAAGGAGAGACAACGGAGGAAGAAGAUAAUCCGAGACCAUGGAUUGAUCAACCUGCGGAAAUUCCAGAUGCUGGAGCGAUGCUACCCAAAGGAGGUGCAGGAGCUGUAUGAUGUCAUGAGAAGAUUUGCCAGAGUGGUUGGACCAAUUGAACAUGACAAAUUCAUCGAAAGUCACGCACUGGAGUUUGAGCUGAGGAGAGAGAUCCGCAGGCUGCAGGAGUACAGGAAAGCUGGGAUCAAGUCUUUCUGCAGUGCCAAGGUGUACGAGCGGGUGAAGCGAAUGCGUGAAGACGAGCGGAGGAAGAGGACCAUGCUGUGUGACGUGCUGCAGUACAUCCAGGAUGGCAGAGCCUGUCAGCAGUGGCUCAGCAAACAGGCUGCAAUAGAUGCUGGAAUCACUCCAGCUGUCACAACAAUCACAGUGUCAGCAACAGGUAGGCGGAGCGCCCCUCCUCUCAACCUGACCGGACUGCCGGGAACAGAGAAGCUCAACGAGCGGGAGAAAGAGCUGUGUCAGGUGGUGCGGCUGGUACCGGGCGCAUACCUGGAGUACAAACAAGCUUUACUUAACGAGUGCAGACGGCAGGGCGGGCUGCGGCUGGCGCAGGCGCGGGCGCUGAUCAAGAUCGACGUCAACAAGACUCGCAAGAUCUAUGACUUCCUAAUCAAAGAGGGUUACAUCACCAAGGCGUAGGAGUGUUUGACCACAGUGGGAGGUUCGCUCGUGGUUAGUGAUUAGUUUGUUUUUAAUCUUGUAAUGUCGUCAGUUCAAGUUUUGUAAGACGUUCAGAUUGUUGCUGCUUGUUUGAAGUAUUAAAACAUUUGUUAUUGUGUGUUUUAGUCCAAAUGUACUCAAGUCUUGUAUAAUUGUGAGAAGAACAGGGGAUUGUAUUAAAAUGAUGUAUUUAUUUCUCCUGAUAUAAAGUGUUAGAAAAUGACCUGAUGUACAUGUUGAUAUUUUUAAACUGUAAAACAGCCGCUUGGAUUAAAAUUCUUGGUAACUUGUUAGUUUACUGUAGGUUUGAAUUAAUAGGCAGAUUAGUUUAGUGAAAUUAGGAACCAGCGCACCAUUUGGUCACAAAUGUAAGGCUUGUUCACUUGAAACCAUACAAUUUAGUAUAUUUUAUAGUAAAAAUAUAUUUAUAACAUGAAUAUUUACUUUUUUCUUUAAAAAUCCACCAGAAAUCCACUAAUGACUAUGAACUGUACAUAUUAGGCUUUUUUUUAGCUGUUUUUGUACUUCCAAACAGAGAUCCCGUUUGCAUUUGCAAAAAACAAGUGAUGAAAGAAGCUCUUUUAUGAAAUGAGUGGUUUUUCAGGGCUGCUUAUAGAGCAAGGUAACUGGGUUUUUUUAAUCAGAUGUUGGUGUGAGUGGUCUCUGCCCAUUCAGCUACUCCUGGAAAAACACAAAAACUAUUCUAAUGAUUGUCUAACUACGUCUUUAUUGGUUUUUACUGAGGUGUCAAAACUCAUCAGUAAGGAAGAAGUCAUCAAAUGUUGUUUUUAUGGGGGAAAGAGUAUAAAAAGAGAUCAUGUUAAAAAAAUAAUUUCAUUGUAAUUUUUUUGGAAAGCUGCAGAGGUGAAGGUUAUAUAAGUGGCACGAGCCAUGUAACUACAGCAAUGAGGUUUAAAAUGAUAAUAAGCAGCAUCGUCUUGAGAAUGUCAUGGCUAUUAAAUUUGACGUAGUUUUAAUUAAUGCAAACAAUAAAAUCAAAGUCACUCGA